CGCGCCGGAUCCCCGAGACUCCCGGCUCCUUCCCCCUCCCUUCAAGUCGUGACAACGAAGCGCGGUGGUCUGAGGCGGCGGCGACGGUGUGGCCGGCCGAACCAGCGAGGGAGCCGGCCCUGCGGCCGCCCCGCCCCCGGACCCUGGCCUCCAGCCCCCUCCCUCUCGGCGCUUCCGUUACGGCCGUUAGUCCCGCGCGCGCCCCGGGGCUGGCCGCGUCGCCGCGCCGGCAGCUGCCCUGACGGACUUCGGCGCGGCCUGGAAGCCAGCCUCCGCCCGCGCCCGGGGCCCCGCUCCCGGGGCCCCGCACCCGGCGAGCUCUUCGUGGUCGCCUCUGGGGGACGGACAGGUCCUUCAGGGGGCGUUUUCUAACAGCAGGCGUCCGGGGAGCCGCUCCGAGCCUGCGUGCACUCCGCAAGUUCUCCCGGGGCGCAGUGUGCCCGCCCCGAGGUUCCGAGUUGCCCGGCCGACGUGGAGCCGGCGUCUCUCCACUUCCUCCUGGGCCGGCGCGGCGGCACGGCCGGCAAAGCUCACCCCCCGCCCCGGGAGCGCUGGGACCCAGCCAUGGGCCGCGGCGUGGUUCGGCCGCCCGCCGGGAGGCAUGACUCGGGGGCCGGCCGCUAGCAGCGCUGCAGCCCGGGCUCCCGGACCGGCAUGAGGACGGCCGCGGGGGGACGAGUGCGGCCCGCGGGGCCAUAGCCUGCGUCGCGCCGGGGACAAAGAAGCCAUGCAGUGACACCCGCUAAGACUUGUUGGUAGCCAUGUCGGAGCCCCACAGGGUCCAGUUCACCUCCCUCCCAGGUUCUUUGAAUCCUGCAUUUUUGAAGAAAUCCCGGAAAGAGGAGGUUGGGGGAGUAGAACAGCAUCACGACUCUGAGCCGGCUGCAGCAGCUGUUCGAAUCACACUCACCCUCUUUGAGCCGGAUCACAAGCGCUGCCCAGAGUUCUUCUACCCAGAGCUGGUGAAGAACUUACGAGGGAAGGUGAAAGGACUUCAGCCCACAGACAAGAAGAAAGAUCUCUCAGAUCCUUUCAAUGAUGAAGAAAAGGAAAGGCAUAAAGUGGAGGCCCUUGCCCGGAAAUUUGAAGAAAAAUAUGGUGGAAAGAAACGUAGAAAAGACCGAAUACAAGACUUGAUUGAUAUGGGUUAUGGUUAUGAUGACUCCGAUUCCUUCAUCGAUAACUCUGAGGCGUAUGAUGAGCUUGUUCCUGCUUCUUUGACUACCAAGUAUGGAGGAUUUUACAUUAACUCGGGAACCUUGCAGUUUAGACAAGCAUCAGAAUCUGAGGAUGACUUCAUUAAAGAAAAGAAGAAAAAAUCUCCAAAGAAGCGGAAGUUGAAGGAAGGUGGUGAGAAGAUAAAGAAGAAGAAAAAAGAUGACACUUAUGACAAGGAGAAGAAAUCGAAAAAGUCCAAGUUUUCCAAAGCCGGCUUCACAGCCCUCAACGCCAGUAAGGAGAAGAAGAAAAAGAAGUAUUCUGGGGCUUUGAGUGUUAAAGAGAUGCUGAAGAAAUUUCAGAAGGAGAAAGAGGCUCAGAGAAAGAGGGACGAAGAGCAUAAGCCCAUAGCAGUCUCGUCGGCGGAAGCUCAGGGCCUGCGGGAAUUGGAGGGCGCCUCUGACCCUUUGCUCUCGCUCUUCGGCUCCACUUCUGACAACGACUUGCUGCAGGCAGCCACUGCCAUGGACUCACUGACUGAUUUGGACUUGGAGCAGCUGCUCAGUGAGUCUCCAGAAGGAAGCCCCUUCCGAGAUAUGGAUGAUGAAAGCGAUUCCCUUGGGGUGGGACUGGACCAGGAAUUCAGGCAGCCCUCUUCCCUUCCCGAAGGCCUGCCUGCGCCCCUGGAGAAGCGCGUUAAGGAGCUGGCUCAGGCUGCCAGAGCUGCUGAGGGAGAAAGCAGACAGAAGUUCUUCACCCAGGAUAUUAAUGGCAUCCUCUUAGACAUAGAGGCGCAGACCCGGGAGCUGAGCAGCCAGACCCGUUCCGGGGUGUAUGCCUACCUUGCUGCCUUCCUGCCCUGCAGCAAAGACACCUUGGUCAAGCGUGCACGAAAACUUCACCUCUGUGAACAGGGGGGGCGUCUGAAGGAACCUCUCCAGAAGCUUAAGGAAGCCAUUGGCAGGGUGAUGCCAGAGCAGAUGGCCAAGUACCAGGAUGAAUGCCAGGCACACACGCAAGCCAAGGUCGCUAAGAUGCUGGAAGAGGAGAAAGACAAGGAGCAGAGAGAACGGGUUUGUUCUGAUGAGGAAGAAGAUGAAGAAAAGGGGGGCAGGAGGAUAAUGGGACCUCGGAAGAAAUUCCAGUGGAAUGAUGAAAUCAGGGAGCUGCUCUGUCAGGUGGUGAGGAUCAAACUGGAGAGCUAUGACCUGGAGAGGAACAAGGCCCAGUCCUGGGAGGACUACGUGAAGGCGUUUCUGGAUGCUGAGGUCAAACCUCUCUGGCCCAAAGGCUGGAUGCAGGCCAGGACUCUGUUCAAGGAGAGCAGACGAGGCCACGGGCACCUGACGUCAAUCCUGGCCAAGAAGAAAGUAAUGGCCUCUUCCAAAAUGAAGGUGAAGGAAUCAUCCUCCAAGCCUGAUAAGAAGGCUUCCAUCCCAUCAGGCCAGAUUGGCAGCCCCCUUGCUUUGCCUUCAGAACACCUGGGAGGAGGCCUGAGCGUUGGGGCUGCAAACAGGGAGCUCUCGUCCCAGGCAUCUGGCAGCCUUGCCAAUCCUGCUCCUAUCAACCUGGAGGACUCAUUGGACGGAGACUUGAUCCGUAAUUCAGCCUCCUCUUUGGAGGCCGUGUCCAAGGAACUGGCCGCACUGAACAGCAGAGCCAGCGGGAGCUCUGAGUUCACACUGUCUGCACCCUCGAAAGUGCCUGCAGAGAAAGUCACAGGUGUUUUAUGUACAGAAGAAAAAAGGAACUUUCCGAAGCCCAGCCCUUCUUCUGCCCCACCACCCUCUAGCUCUCUGCAGUCACCCCUCAAUUUUCUGGCUGAACAGGCUCUGGCACUGGGGCAGUCCUCUCAGGAGAAAAAACCAGAGAGUUCCAGCUACAAGGAACUGUCCUGUCAGGCUGUCCUCAACAAGGGCCUGCCGGAAGUGCAGCAGUCCAAAGCUAAGCACCACGGCUUGCCACGGACGUCUCACACACCCCAGGCAGGAGCUCCCUUGCCCAGCCCCCAAGUUAAAGUCUUUCAUGCAGGUACUCAACAGCAGAAGAGCUUCACCCCCCCAGCUCCGUUUGUCAAUAAGCUUCAGGGCCCAAAGCCUGUCUCCCCUCAGUGUCACCGUUCCCUCCUCCAGCUCGUCAAGACAGCUACCAAAAGCCAGAGCUUCCAUCCUUCCACGCCAGCGUCUUCAGGAGGCACGCCAGCCUCCGGCAGCAGCUCUCAUAAGACCCCAGUCUCGUCCUCCGCUGCCCUGAGCCAUCCAGCAAAACAGCACUCAGCCAGCUCUUCAGGGCCAUCUUAUAAGAACAGUCCCUUUGCCGGCUCUAUCUCCAAACAUGGCGUUUCUUCUGGCAGCUCUUCUUCUGGAGGAACACCAGUCCAGAGCUCUACUUCUGGAAACCUGCUCCCCGCUGUGCAGCCUCCUUCCACAGGACAGUCCGCCAGCCGACCCAUCCCAGGCUCUGCAGUGAAAAAACCACCUAUUUCCCAGAAGCUGACCCUGGUGGCCCCUCCAGGUGGUCCAAAUGGAGAUUCUAGUGGGGGGACCCAGGGAGUGGCCAAGUUAUUGACCUCCUCCUUGAAGCCCAGUGCUGUGAGCAGCGUGACAUCGUCUACCUCCUUGCCAAAAGGAACAAGUGGGGCUGUGCUGCUGACCAGCUCCUCACCCUUAAAUCUGCUGUCUUCAUCCUACAAGGCAGGCAGCCCAAAGCUGCCUGGGGCCUUGAACUCAAACCCCUUGGGGAUUAUCUCCCAGCUUCCCCUCCACGUAAUCUCCUUUAGUGCUGACUCCUCCGCUAAAGCAGGGGUCUCCAAGGAUGCCAUCGUCACAGGCCCUGCCCCCGGGACAUUCCACCACGGUCUUGGCCACAGUAAGUGUCUCCUUCCUGCCCACGCUGGAGGUACAGAAGGUGCCCCAGUCCCUCUGUGUGACCCACAGGUUCUGUUGUCAUGUGCUGGGUUCCUGUGUUUGGUGUGUGACCAUGGGGAAGCCUUCCCAGGGACUGUGCUGAGCCCCCCUUGGGGUUUCCACCCAGAACCCGUGCAGGAGGUGGCCUGGGGCUCUGGAGUGCCGAGGCUGCUCUCCACUCCUGUGUUCAAUGUGCGUGCUUUGUUCUCUCCCCCCCUGUUUCCUCUCAGGUCUCCUGGCUGGCUUGCACUCCAGCCCGCCCCGCGCAGCGCCUCUCCCACACGCUGCCGUGUCCACCCACAUCCCGCAGAGUCUGCCAGAUGCUUCUCAGCUUCAUGGGAAAGGGCCCAGUGUACCACGGAAAUUGUGACUUUCAGGGGAAAGGCUGGAAGCUGAACGAGUAGGUCUCAGAAGUCGGAUAAUAACUGCGUUCUUUCUGCCAGAAGUUGGAUAAUAACUGUGCUGUUUUUGCUGUUGACUUUCUUCUGGAGAAGGCGUGAGUGCUAAGUGGAGCGUCUCUUGGCACGUGUGAUGUGCCUUCAGUUAGGGGAGCAGCCCCAUGCUUCUAUGGAGGCCCUGACUGGCCUGGUGCUCCGGGCCUCGCGGCUCUGUCGCAGACAAUCGUUGGAGGGGCAGCGCUAGGCUGGGGAGUGUGCUGGGUUGUGUUCAGAGCUGUGAUAGUGGGGCAGAGCAGGGGGCGCACAUGUGCUUCAGAUCCGCCUGACCCCCUCAGAUUUGGUCAGAGUACCUCAUGGCACCCUACUGGUCGGGGCUCCUUCUGGCCACAGUGGGCUCUCUGGAUGGUCACGGUGUCCGUCCAGCCUCAGGCUGUGUGCUCAACAGGACAAACCCAGCUAGUGUCUCAGUUGGGAGAUGUACCUUGUUCUUUGAAAAAUACUCAGAACACCCAGUGCGUGCUCAUUGUGGGGGCCAGUCUCUCCACUGAACAUGACAAUGAAGCUCUUUUAGAGAAAAGACCUUUGUAGAUUCAACAAUUGUGGUAGGAUUUUUAAAGACACUUAUUUUUGGCUCAGUUUUCAUCCUUACCAUUAAAUGCAUUGGAUAGAAUGGGACUGUUCUUCGCAAGUCAUGUUGUUCCUAGGAAGACAUAAUUCCAGUGCCUUUAUGGUAGAGCAGAAUUAGAUACACAUCCAUUCAGCCUUGAGCAAAUUUCAGAUGAAGACCUUUUUUAAAGAUGCGUCUGUAUUUAAGACACAGCCAAUUUUUUGUUUUGUAUGGUUGCACAUCAUAAUCUGUGCUGUCCUGACUUGAAGGUCAUCUGGGCCCCCAAAUCCCAGGUCCCAAUUCAGCCAGGGCCCCCAGUUUGUUUUUCCAGAGUUCAUACAGGUGGACCGCAGAGCCCCAAAGCCCUUUCUUCAUCUCAUCCAGGGCCGAGGAUAUGAGGGGUUCCAAGUCGCAGGUAGACAUUCCAGUUUAUUUAAAAACCAUUCUCAGGCAGGGCUGCAGGACAGGCCUCUGUGAAGCGUCUGCCGUGUAGACACAGGCCUUGAGGGCCUGGCUCUCCAGGCAGCAGGGCUAGGCACUGACUUAGCCCUGCUGACGAGCUUGGAGAACACGUCAGAGACAGACUGGGACAGUUACCCUGGAGCUCAAGUUAUCAUGCUGUUCCCACUCACUCAGUGGCUGCUUCACAAAGAUUUUUAGGGCACUUGCCUGUCCUGUGAAGUCUGAACUGACUGCUCCAGCUAAGUGAUUUCCUACACUUUGAGAGUAAACAGCCUCCUCAGAAUGUACGCCUGUGUAGAGACAUGGGCAGUUCUCUUGGUUCCUGACUCCCAGGAUACAAUGCUUGGUAACUCACGAUUCACACAGAGGUUGCCUGGUUUCCAGGGGAGCAAGACCUCUGCCAGCUAGUCGGCCAGGCCUCUGCUCUAACUUUUUUACAUAAAAACCAACAUGUUUCACAUUGGGCUAAGUGGAUUCCUUAUCCCUUUAUUAUAUCUAUUUUUUGCAACUUGGGUUUCCAGUUUACAGAAUAGUCUUAGGUAGUAGCAAAAGAGCCAAAGAAGAGAUUUGUAUUGCUGAGCUCAGAGCCGCGCAGAGGCCGUCUGUGAACGCUGAGCAGUGGGAGAACACCCAGGUUCCCUUCCCUGCAGUGCUCCCUCCCCGAGCACCGCUGAGUGUGCCGCUGGAGCAGGAUACCCUCAUUCUUAGGAAUCUAGUGAUGCCUCUUGCCUCAGGGAAACGUUUCUUUGAUGGGGAGUUUAUGAGGUUUCUUUUCCUUGUUGAUGCUUUAUUUGUGGUAACGAAAGAAUGAAUGACUUAAAGAGCCAUGGCGCGAGGCAGGUCUGCCGGCGGAGCGGGCUCACCGGCCAUGGCGCUGCAGGGCUUUCCUUGCUGGCAUUUCUUGGGUGUGAAAGAGCUGUGGCUUUCGUGCAGCGACUAUGUUGGUGUUGGGGGUGGUGUGGAAAUUGUUAAUCUUGUAUAAAGCAACACAAUAAAUUGUUUCAAGGUUUCCAAAACAUCGUUUCUCAUUCAUUUCUUUUUACCAUAUUUGCAAGUAAUUGUUUCUCCCUUAGGAGCUG